CCCAAAACCUGGUGGCGGAAAUCAAACCCACUAAAGCAUAAAUUUCUAAAACCAGAAAAAAGCUCUACCAAUCAAGACUCGAUUAUAUGGCGAGAUUUCAUGCAUGAACUCCACACAAUUAACGGCUAUCUCCUCGACCAAACAAUUCAAAUGGGUACUGAUCAGCUAACACAGAGAACCCAUUCAAAGCAACAACGAGAACCCGUUCCAGACUCGCCAACCAAUGAAGCGAAAUCGAGAAACCCAGUUCAAUACAUGCUCCAAAAGCAGCGAUUGAUCUGUCUCGCAAUCGGAAUCUUCACUGCUGCUCUGUUUUUCAACGUUUUCCCCAAACACUCACCGGGUCAUGACCCGGUUAUCGUUUCUGAUUCGGGUCUCCCGACCCGUCGGGUGCUGUACGAGGGUGGUGGGAAUACUAAUAAUCGUCGCUACGAAAGACGCGGUGUUAAGCCUAUGACUAUGAGCGUGCCGUUAGGGGUGAAGAGGAAGAGUUUGAGGAUCGUGGUAACGGGUGGGGCCGGGUUUGUUGGUAGCCACCUGGUGGACCGUCUGAUCGACAGAGGAGAUAGCGUGAUCGUCGUUGACAAUUUCUUUACGGGACGGAAGGAGAACUUGGCGCACCACUUUGGUAACCCACGGUUCGAGCUGAUUAGGCACGAUGUGGUCGAACCCAUUCUGUUGGAGGUUGACCAGAUCUACCACUUGGCUUGCCCUGCCUCGCCUGUUCAUUACAAGUUCAAUCCUGUCAAGACCAUUAAGACAAAUGUGGUGGGGACGCUGAAUAUGUUAGGGCUGGCUAAGAGGGUUGGGGCUCGGUUCUUGCUGACCAGCACCAGUGAGGUCUAUGGUGAUCCUCUCCAACAUCCACAAGCUGAGACCUAUUGGGGCAAUGUCAAUCCCAUCGGAGUUAGGAGCUGCUACGAUGAAGGGAAGCGCACGGCAGAGACAUUGACCAUGGACUACCACAGGGGACUUGGCAUUGAGGUGAGAAUUGCCAGGAUUUUCAAUACAUAUGGACCACGUAUGUGCAUUGAUGAUGGUCGUGUUGUUAGCAAUUUUGUUGCCCAAGCCUUAAGGAAGGAGCCACUGACUGUUUAUGGAGAUGGAAAGCAAACGAGGAGUUUCCAAUACGUUUCAGACUUGGUGGAGGGUCUGAUGCGUCUGAUGGAAGGAGAACAUGUGGGUCCUUUCAAUCUGGGCAACCCUGGCGAGUUCACAAUGCUUGAACUAGCAGAGGUGGUGCAGGAGACGAUAGACAGGAAUGCAAAGAUAGAGUUCAGGCCAAAUACAGAAGAUGAUCCACACAAAAGAAAGCCAGACAUCUCAAAGGCUAAAGAGCUUCUUGGCUGGGAACCAACCGUCUCUCUCCGGAAAGGCCUUCCUCUCAUGGUCUCCGACUUCCGGCAACGCAUUUUUGGCGAACAGAAGGACGGUUUUGGAACUUCCUCUGCUUAGAGGAGGACGGAGGAUGGAGUUUUGACAGAAACAUAUAUUUGUAUUAAUUUGAUAAUAUAUUGCAUCCCUUUUGGCAUUGGAGUAGCUUUACAGGAAUAAUAUUUGGAUUUUGGAUCAUGGAAGGUGAAGAAUGUAUGUUAGCACCAGCAAUUAGGGCUAUAUUCGAGUCAGAGCAAAGGUUUUGUGUAUUUUGGUUCGGGCUUAAAUAUUGAUUUGAACAUCAAUAAGUGGUUUGAAGUUUGAACGAUUACUCCUUUAGGCCGCAGUGAAAUUAUGUGUUUCUCCCAAUGUAUU